GCAUAGGCCAAAAAAAGAAACAAGAUACUUAAAACAUAGAAAGACAUUUGAUUUAAGGCCAUGUCAAUUCACUUUGGAGAUUCAAAAAAGCUAAAUAGCAAAAUUCAAAAGAGACACAAACUCUUUCUUUUGUAUUGAUACCAAAGCCACAUUCCCUCUAUAGCAUCUUUUCUAGACAAAAAGCUUCACUCUCAAAAAAAAAGAAAAAAACUCUUUCUACUUGCACCUCCCACUCCUACUUUCAAACCUGUUCAAAUUCAAAUUCAAAUUCACAAUCACAUUCAAAACAAAGAUUCUAUCUACUCUUUUGAGUUUAUAACUCAUUCAUGGCCUACAAAGUUGAACCAUUUCCCUAUAGUUCAAGAAGAAGAGAUGAAUCAGAGUUCAAUUUGAGAGAAUGGACAGUGAAAGCAAGAAUUAGUAGAGAGAGCAACAACAACAAUAAUUCUAGAAGAUAUUCAGGUUCUUACAUAAGAAGCUUUAGAGAAGACACAAAAUCUCAAAGAUCAAACAUAACCAUUUCUAGUACUGCUUCUUCACCUGGAUACCCUUUUAAAGAUGAAAUUGACCCUUCAACAUAUUCUUUCACAACUGCUCUUAAAGCAUUACAAGCAAGGGCAAGCUAUAACAAUUGGGAAUGCUUAUCACCAGAAAGAUUUGCUUUAAAUUCAAAAUGGAAUGAAGCAGAAAAAUAUAUAUGCAAUCCACUUUCAGGGGAAGUGCCAAUGGAAUGUUUAUCUUCAAAAACUCUUAGUGGAAGACCUUUUAGAAACUCAACAAACAGAAUCACAAUGUCAGCACCUUUAGUUUAUUCUUCAAGACAUAUUCAAACAAAGCCAUCAAAUUACAUACAACAAGAUGUUUCUCUUCAAUUUCCUAUUCAAGAAAAGAAGAAAGAGGGAAUGACAAGAGAUGUGGGGACACAAAGCACACCUCCUCCUCCUUAUCAUAGUUCAAGCAGUCCUAGCCCUACUUCAACUCCAUCCAUUAUAGAGAGGUCAAAAACUAGACUUGUUCACUCACCUAAUUCAAAUUCUAAAUCAAAAUCUGAGGAAGAGGUUGAGGUGAAAGAUAAUGAUUCAUGGGGGACAAGAGAAAAAAAUAAUGAAUGGAGAAAGAAAGAAGAGAACCAAGUUUGCAAACAAGUAGGGUGCUUUUCAUGGAUGAUGAAAAGGAAAAGACAUAAAGAAAGAAAUAAAGAAAGAAGAACAUCUUUUUCACUAAAGGGUUGCUAAAGAAAAUGUGAUAACAAAAAGGGAAUCUAAUCUAAAUUUUAAUGUAGAUUUUGAAAGAAAAAAAAAAUAGUUCAAAAAAUCUACAUUGAAAUUUAUUUUGAUCAAAUGGUCUAGAUGUGGUCGAUUAUAUGUAGCUACAUAUUGCAACUACACAUAUGCAAUUAAAAUGAAUGAUGGUUUUUGAGAUUCUAUAAUUUCACUUUUACUUAAGCUAUUUUGAUUUUUUGAAAUGAUUUACUUGAAAUAGAAAAGUUAAGAGCAAUUGCAGUUAUGAAGAAAAGGACUAUAGUGUAAGAGAGUGUGUGUGUCACUUUCUUUUCUAUAUAUCUAUCUCUUUUGUGGUCCA